CAAAAUAUAAGACACCGUACUCUAACACUUAAAUUACGGCACACCGCAGAACAUAAUACAAGUGAAAAUCGAUCGGGACAAUGAUUCCCUACAUUGUUCUCUUUGUCACAUGUUUAGUUGCUGUUGGCCAAUUAAAUGCACAGACGUUAGACGUUUCAGUGUGCAGAGAUAAGAUAGACAACUGUUCACAGUAUGGUCGGUCCGCCUGCACAACCUACGAACCAUGGGCACGUGACAGGUGUUUGGCUUACUGUGGAUUCUGCGUUGGUCCACCAACAACACCGGUUCCUUGUGCCGACAAACUAGAUGAUUGCCAGAGCUUUGGAAAACAAGUAUGCACUGAACCUAAGUAUGCCCCAUGGGUUCUAGCAAAUUGUCGGUACUUUUGUAGGCAAUGUACAGAUGAGCAAUUAGCAAUCGCUGAUUCCAAAACAACAACGCUACCACCUCCUGCCUGCGUCAACAAACUCAAUAAUUGUCCCCGGUACGGUCAGAAAGCGUGCACGAACUUUAAACCUUGGGCACAGGACAACUGCCGCUAUUACUGUAGAUUUUGUACUCCGGAGCAACUUCUUGCCGCAGAUUCUAAGACGACCACCACCUCCACGACCACUACCACAACUAUUGCGACACCAGGGAUACCAUGUGUAGACAAACUUCCCCACUGCGACGUUUAUGAUGACGCAAUAUGUACAACCAAUCGUCCUUGGGCAGAGGAAAAUUGCCGCGCCUACUGUUUAAUCUGUACACCAUCUGGUUUUGUUCCGGUUGGAACAUUUGGCCCCGGUAUAGUGCAAGUACAAAAUCGUGGCAUAAAAAACAGAAUCAGGUCGUUUCUAAGUAAACUGAAAAUGAAGAUUUGAUUAUAUACAUCGGAACAAACAGAAUACGAUUUUUAACAAAAAUAAAAUAAAACCCUGAAAUACAUACAA